AUGGUGGAAAUCUGGCCUCUUUCCGUGUUUUAUCGAGCGUAUUUUGGGACUAUGAAGUUUAAAGAACGAUUCGCGUUUUGUAUGUGUUUAGUUUGUCUUGUUGUGCCUUUUCUAUGGCUGCGAUGGCAGAUCUCGGAUGAGAAUAAACACCCGCUUAUUCUCUCUGUAAGCGAUACACAAUCUCUUAUGGACGAAAUGGACUUUAAUAGAGUGGAUCAUACACAUCGAAAACAGCGAUCGAACGAGCAAAUGCUUAUGUCGCGUUCAGAAAGAAAAGAUCAUGUAAAGCCAAGCGUAUCUAUAUCUUUGGAGAACAGAGAGGAAAAGUAUGUAGGCGACGUGGACGCCGAACAAGGAAAGAAAUUAAAGCGACAGGACGCUAUUAAUGACGUAGAUUAUGAAUACGAUGAUCCGUGGACUAUAUGGAAAGACAUGGUGAAAUCUCGUCAAAUCACCUCAAAUAAUGAUAGUGACUCGAUAAAUAUGAUAUUAGAGGCAAUGAUUUACAAACCCAUAGUGGCAGCCGGGGUGGGGCAUGGGGGAACACAAUUAAAGGCUUCCUUAAUCCUUGAAGGAAAUCAGAGGGUUGUCUUCAAGCCUAUGCGGUGAGUCUGCUCUAUUCAAAGUUCUUAUAGUUUUACCAUAAGUGCUUGAAAUAGUGUUCAGCUACAAAAAAAUGUCCUCUACAAAUCACUUACCCAAGCUCAAAAUAUGAGUGUUGGCACUGUGGUGUUAGGCCCGGUUCAGACGCCGAUCUUUUCGUGAGCCAAACCUAAUACGUUGAAUUAAGUACAUGAAAAGUUUGGCGUCUGAAUCAAUUAGAAACGCCUAUUUCAAUUUGGAAUUGCUCAGCUGUUCUUUUCACCCAGCCUGGCCAGGAAUUUCACCUUUGGAGCGACUUUAGAACGGCUUUGAUUCAGAUGCCCAACUUUUCAUAUACCAAACCUAAUGCAUAAAUUAUUAUAACAUAUUUUGUAAGAAGUUUGACCAAAAUGAGCAUUUUUUUCCUUUUGAAUUUAGUUUGGCUGGAAUUAAGAUCGGCGUCUGAAUCAAUUCAACCGGUCUAAAUAAUCUGGGUUGGCCUUAAUUCAAAUUAGGUUCGGCUCAUGAAAAGUUCGGCGUCUGAACCGGACCUUAGCCUUCAAAAAAAUGAGGAUUCCACAGACCAACUUUGGGACCAUACAGGAAAGAAGAUCACAGUCCCUUAUAUAUCUUUUAUGUUUUCAUUACUUUUUUAAGAAAAUCUCCAUUAUGUUUGUGGGUUACAGAAACAAUCAUUUUUUACCAUACAAAUCAUUGUACUUGUGUUAGUGUUAAAAGGAUAACCAACCAACACAAUAUUGUUUUCAACAGGUAUUCUAGAGAUUAUGUAAUAGAAGGGCCUCCAUACAAAGGUUUUGACAGACACAAUGGAGAAAUAGCAGCAUUCCAUUUAGACAGGUACUGGAAUAUGAAACUGGAAUAUGAAACCUGAUCUGCUUUCUUUAUUUCUUCAUGCACAAUGCCAAGCAGUGCCAGUGCAUUGGGUAGGAAUGCCCCGAAAAUUUGUGUUGGAGCUCCCCCAGGCAUUAAGAAGUCCAUUUUUUACCUUCAGGCUAUGUAACUAAUUUUGCAGAGCAAAGUAGAUCUAUCUAAUAAUCCAGUGCACCAAAAGUCAAAUAUUUUUCCUGUUUUGUUGUUAACCCUCCAUCUACUACUACUACAUCUACAUCUAAAUUAUUUAAUUUCUUAAAUGGCCAAAUCCAAAUCCAAAAUCUCCAAAUCUCGGAUUGACAAUUUGCUUUUCAACUAGAAAAUCAAUGUGGAAAAGUUUCAAAAUUUCCAUUUUUCAACCCUCCUGUCACAUCAAUUCCUGUGCUAACUUUUGGACUUUGAGCUGUCAUUGCAGUGCAAAGAACUCAGAAAUCCUUGUUCUAAACCCCCUACCUCUUUACCAGUGUUUAUAAGUACACACCAUGAUUGGCCUGUUAAAAAUCCCAUUUCUGGUUUGCCAAUCUGGUGAAAGGGAAAAAUGAUAUGCACUUCCAGUGAUUUGUUGAGUCUGUUAGGGGCCCAGAACAAGGAUCUUGGUGCUGCUUCACAGGUGUUAUUAACUGGUGUUAGAUUGCAUCUGCGACACAGGCUAUGUGGGUUGCUGGUAACUUUCUUAUCACUAAACAGUUCUCGUCUGCUUUUGAUAUCAGGGUAUUCAUGUAAGGAAAUGUUUUUUGCAGAAUUUUAGGAUUCUACAGAGCUCCCCCCGUAGCUGGAAGAAGGGUCAACUUAGAAGAAGAGAUAGAACCGAUUGGAGAGAAGAGACUUAUGGAUACCUUCUUCAAGGAAGGCAUGAAAAAUUAUUGCAUAAAUAGUGUGUUAUGUUGACCAGACAUCUGAAUUAAAUGGAGUGUUAAAUGUUUGUAGGUAAAAACACUUGCUUCUAUGGGGUAUGUUAUUACUGUAAGAAAGCUGAAGCUGCAUGUGCCAAUGGUACAGUCAUGGAAGGCUCUGUGACGCUGUGGCUUCCAGCAGGAUGGCCCCUCAAGAACUGGAGACAUCCGUGGCAGAGGACAUACCGAGAUGAUAGAAAGGCAUUGUAAGUAGGACUUCUUAUAUUUACAUUAGCUCUGUUUAAGUUUGUAAUCUUUUCAUUGGUGGGACAAUCUGUGUUGAUACAUGUUCAGUUUAAAGUCAAUCUGUUUGAAAUGAUAAGAGAAAUUUACUUCCCAGAGGUGGCUCAAUGUUUGUUGGUGAAUAAUUACUUAAAAGACAGGGCCCAGUUGUUUGAAGGCCCUUUCUUUUUCCUUUGUUCAGAUUUAUAUUUUCAGAUAAUUUCUCUUUUCUUUUUAGAGCAUCCAAUCAUCAAAUUAUUAAUAAAAGAAAUACACUGCAUUUGCUUUAAAUUUUGCACUAACCUUGGGUACUAUAUAUCAUAACCCAGUUUUGAACAACCUGACUGGUGGUUUUAUUUAUUGACCAUUUAAGUCUGUGUGUGUAUCACCCACAAAAUGCCAAUUUAGUCAUCUUAAUGUCACAUUUUGUGUAGAUAAGCACAUGGGAUGUCCGGGGGUCAUUCCACUAUAACUGGUCAUCUUGAGGCUGAGGGAAUCAAAAGGCCUAUCUGACUAAUCAAAGUGAUGACCAUUGAAUACCCUUGAUCAAUAUCCUUUAUUUAUCACAAUUGUUUGUGUGAGUAACUCAGCACAAAGAAAGGCUUUUGUUGAGGUGAUACCUGAACGAUACCUUGCAAGAAUUGCCCUAUUUUCUGUGGCAGGUGCUGGUUAAUUUUUUUUGCUUGGGUUUUAUAUGGUGCACAAGGGGAAUACACAAAGGGGAGAGGAGGCCUCCUCUCCUUUUCUCUACUCAUGGGCAUGCACAUUCUGGAAAUUUAUCCCUUCGCCCUAACAAAAUAGCUACUGCAUUAACAUUAAUUUUGCCAAACCAAAAAAUCCUCAGAUAAAUUAUUCCGUUUGCAUGAAUUCGAUCAGUUAAACACAGGAUGAGAUGAAGAACUAAACAAAAAAUAAUAAUAAUCUAUCGAAUCAGUGUAUUCAUAAUAAUAUUUUUCCCCUUUUAAUUUUCAAGGAAUGAAAAACAAUUUGAGGACAGAUGAAAUUGAUUGCAGCUGUUCAAUCUUCUAUAUUCAUAGCAUAAGUAAAACGUUUUGGAUGAAAUUGAUUUCCAUUUCAAUAUUAUGGGAUGCUCUUCUUGCAGCCCCAUAAUACCAGGCUAUGAAUUUGAAUAAUUUCCCACUCCUCUUGGCUCCGGAGAUACUGGAAUGUUUAUUGAUCAAAUAUUGAUUUAUAUAGACAUAGAAUUAAACCUCUCUUCUCAUUUAGCAUUCCAAGCCUUCUGGAUUGAAAUUUCUUUUAUUUUUAAGAAAAAUGGAAUAUUUGGUGUCGACUUAUAGACAACACAAUUCCAAAGUUAUUUUGAAGAAACUAUAGAGAAAUUAACUUCAUCUGGAAAGUGCAAUAGCUCUCACAUUAUGGGAUAUUAUUACGAUUUCUUAAUAGUUUCUCUCUAAAGCUGUUUAUAUCUCAUUCCUUACUAUUGAUAAACCAAAUGACGUUCAUAAUACCUCGGUCAUUCUUGUCGACAACAUUUUUGUUAACAAUUCUGUACGAGUCAAAAUUAGUGGAAACUUGGGAAAGACCUACGAAGAUUCAUAAAAAUAAUGUCCGCGAUUUUUCGCGGACCAUUUUAAUUGUGACCUCUCCCAAAUUGAGUGGAGUUAACAUUCCUUACAAUGAUGCAUUUGAUGAAAUUGAUAAGAUGUUGUCCUCUCUUUACAAGGAGUUCAACAAAAUUGUUGAACAAGCAUGUACCUAUGGAAACCGGUUUCUAUACAGCAACGCGGAGCUAAAAAAAACUGAGAUAAUUAUAGCAAUCAGAACUUAAAUAACUUUGAUUAAAGUUUAAAAAGGCUACAUCUAUCUGGCGAUGACACCAAAUAUAAUUUUUACAGAAAUAAUAUCUGCAGCUCAACACUUUGUAUGAGAAAAAACUGUUUUUCUUUCUGAUCAGUACUUCAACGGGAAUGGAAACAACAUGAAAAGACUUGGAAAGGAAUACAUAAAUUAUGAAAUCGUUAAAACGAAAAAGUCUAAAUCAAUUAAUUACAGUGCUAAUAAGGUCGGAUUACAAAAACUAAGUCAGUCAUGACCUGACCCUGACCAUGACCUAAUAUCCUCAAUGACCACUUUACAGCAGUAGAGCAAAGAUUAGCAAGAGCUAGACCCUCAGCACGGACUUGCUUCACCGAUUUCCUUAGCAAUGCUAAACCAUCCGACUCCUCUUUUAAUUUCGUCUUUUAACCUAUCGUGUUAAGUGAAAUUCGGUUAGAAAUGUUAUAUACCGGUAUUCCAAAUUAUAAUUUACAUGGCCUGCAGUACUCCUAUCCCGCACCAAUAUCAAAGUGUGCAAAAUCAUACUCAUUUUAAAAGCACUGCGAAGAAAAGACAAACCAAAUGACUACCUGUCAACUUCUUUACGGUAUAACUUCAACAGAAAUGUUUUCCAAAAAAUGAAAUCUUUCGCAAACAGAAAAGAGAUAUUAAACCCAUCUCAAUACUCAACACGCAAUUGUAUUGACAUCGUAAAUGCUAUUCAAACAAAUAUGGAAACACGCCUAUAUUCGUGUCGCGUCUACAAGGUAUACGCCUAAAAAAAGUUUUCGAUACAAUCUUUCUUGACAAACUUAACUAUUAUGGGUUUCGUGAAAUGAUAACCAAAUGGUUCUUGUCUUAUCUGCAAGACCGAACACAAACGACACAAAGUUGUUCUUAUAUAUCUGAAAGAGUCGUAACAACUUGCGGUUUUCAGAUCUGUAUUAGGCCCGUUGCGUAGCUUUGCUUUAUAGUGUAUAUUCAUGAGUCUUUCAUGAUAUUUGCAGCUGCUCAAAUAAUCGCAACGGUUAUCUUUUCGGUGAUGAUACUUAUAUUUUAUAUGCCGAUAAAAAUCGUAAAUGUUUAGAACAAGCAGUGAAUUGUGAACUACAAAACAUUUAACCAACUUAAAAAAGCCAAAUUUUGUCAAAUUCCGUCCCUUCAGAAAAAAACUAACAUUUCUGGUCCAUUAUGGAUAGAUACUUUUUUUUAAUGAGGGUUUCAUUUGAUACCCACAGACAAUAUACGCGUGGCAAUCAACAAAAAUUAAACUUCAACAAAUAAAUAAAUAAAAUAAAAUAAAAAGUAAAUAAUAUACAUAAUUUUAGAAAGUCCUGCUUUUGGUCAUGAAAGGUAUGUUUUAUAACGAGUAUUUUUGGCAGUGAGAGAAAUAAGAAAAUCCCCUUGGAUUGCAAGGAUUUUGUAAAAUACCUCGCAUUGUUGAUAUAUUAUAGCCUCUCCUGGAAAAACAUUUGGUAACCCCAGCCUUCACUGGCCGUUUUCUGAACAGUUUUGAAAGUCCUAUAUCGCCCGGUGUAGUAGCCUGUGAACAGGCUCUCUCGGUUUGGGGAAAAAAAUAGCAAGGAAAGUUCCCCGUUCGACCAAAGGCCUGUUCACAGGCUACCCGUGUAGGGAAAUCCGGAUCCCCGAAACUGGGAAAUUUUGGCUUGUGGAAUCCGGAAUCCUUGGUCCUAGAAUUCCUGAAUACUGCCCCAGGAGUCCGGUAUACCACUAAAGAUAAGAAUCCGGAAUCCAAGUUCUACUGACAAGAAUUAGGACACACUACCUGGGUCGGGAAUCCAUGGGAAGUUAGCGAACGACGCAACGUAGCUCGUGUAUUGUAACUUGAGAGAUGGUUGUAAAUAAAGUGUUUCAAUGCAUUUUUUGUUUGUUUGUUUAGAUGGGAGAUGGACAACACAUAUUGCAAGAAAAAGGUGCUAAGAACUCCACCAUACAAUUCUGGGCCGCGGCUUCUUGAUAUUAUGGACACAGCACUGUUUGAUUUUUUAAUAGGUUUGUAGGUUUUGUUAUUUUUGUGUUACCCUUGAACCGCUCGCCUGGUGUAGAAGCUCAAAAAGGCAUCAGGCGAAAUCGAGAAAGUAAAGGGGAAGUUCAGUACGACCGCUAGCUUUGAGCCUUUGCAGUGACUACAGAAAAUCCAACGAUUAAGGCUGGCAACUUGUAUUUCAAAACAGCUUCUACAGGUGACUUGUUAGCAAAGUUAACGUUUGCUUCAACGUACCUCACAGACUGAGCAGUAGAACUUCUUUAGUUGAUAAUUGCAAUACGGGGAAUUAAUUAUGCGGUACUUGCAAUUGGGAAAUUAAAUUAGCAGCUAGAUUGCCGUAUCUUUGACGGGCAUUUUUUCUAAGGACGAGGGGUGUAUAAUCAGUUUCGAGGCUGGUUGAAUUAUAGUAGGCAAGUUGUUAGGUAAAUAAAGCAAUUUAGAGUAAACAUUCCUCUAUCACCCCUCCCUAGGGAAUGGAGACAGACAUCAUUAUGAGACCUUUAGAGAUGAAGGGGAUAGCGGAAUGCUGUUACACCUUGAUAAUGCAAAGAGGUAACUAUUGGUUUCUAUUAAACAGUCCUUAGUCAGUCUUAAGUCAAUCCAUCCGUUCAUAUAUUAUACAGGGGCAUAGCGUCCAUUGGUGUCUUUACCCGUUUGAAGGGCAGACUUCUCGCCCUUUGCUUUCAACCUCAUUGAUGGCGUCUCUGUUUUACCGUUUUUACCGUAAACGUUGCACCUUACCGAUAGCACUAGAGAUGAAAAUUAAACAACUAAUUAUUGCAUUAGCCAUUUUUCUUUACUGAAAAUGCCCUGCGGAAAACGCCGGAAAUGGCAUUUCUGAGCCUCUAAAUUUGAAAAAUUUUCCGGAGGAGCAUGCCCCCCAGAUCCCCCUAGUUUGCAAUACCUUCGAGGGUGCAACCUUUCUUUCCGUGCGUACAACUUCAAAACCUCGCGCUACGCCCCUGUAUAUUUUAUGACAAAUUGUUAAGGGCCACAGUCCAAGUUCAAGCGAGGAAGGAAAAAUGUCGUCGCCUGUUCACCUCCUCACAUGAGAGUCGCAUUAGAGUUGUUGUUUUUCAAAGAAAAAAACAAUUUCCCUUUGCGGUACUAUUUUGACGUCGUGUGAUGAAUUAACAUUCUUUUUCCUCUAGCUUUGGUAACCCUUAUCACGAUGAAAUGUCUAUUCUUGCUCCAGUGUACCAAUGUUGCAAGUAAGCCAAUAAAAACGUUUUGACAUUUAUUUUAGAUUAUUUCGUUGCAGUUUGUAAAGAAUAGUUUAAAGCUGAUGGACCUUUGUUCAAGAAAAUAGUCAGGCUGGCUUUAAGCACUGCUUGUAUUAAUUCUUAUCUAACUUUUCAUCGUUAGGUCAUUUUUUACCGUACAUUACGCUGGGGUGUUUUUAUCAGAUAUAAAGACACUUAUUAAACAUUUUAAAUAAUUUCUUUUUUUCCUCUCUAUGAAUUAUUAAUGAGUUUCUAAAGCUCUCUAAACGACCAGCUCCAGUUACGACCGCUUCUUCGGAUUUCCGAGAUGGUAACUUACGAGGGCUUCGAUUUUAGUCCAGUUUAUGAGUUCGCUAUGACUCGCUGAGUAAAAACAGCGAAUGCGCAUUUUCAGGGCUAGCAUGUUAUCUGAAGUGGAGAUACUCACAAAUCCUGGCGAUACAAUGACUUGUUUAUUUUUCAUUUUCAAAUUUCAGACACCUUUCUGCUGCUAUUUGUGAAUAUUUUGCUUUGGGUCAAGGCUAACAUAGUAACGGUGUUUCAUAUGUGUUUGUAUUCAGCGGUAAUUUUUAAUUCGAAAAAGGACCACUCAAUUUAAUGGGUACCAAUCUCUUGAAUGUCUUAAUCGUCGCCCGUCAUGACCAUCUCUGAGGAAUUUAUGAAUCAUAAGCUUCUGAUUGUAGGACACACGUUUUUGUACGUUACGGGUAAAAAGACGUGAACGGAAUGGAAGGAGACUCGACCAAAGUGAAUUUCUUGUCAAAAUCUCUUGCGCAGUAUAAAGGGAAGGAGUAACCAUUUUCGUAGAAGUAAGGACAACCUCACGAAUUGUCAACCCUUAGCUAGCGCAGGAGUAAUUACUAUUAAUUAGGUGUCAACGUGACUGUUUUUGUCUUACAGAGUUCGAAAGUCAACAUGGAAUCGCUUUUUAUCGUUAAGCAGAGAGAGGACUCCUUUAAGUGAACUUUUGCGGCAAGCGACUAAAGAUGAUCCUGUGGCGCCAGUUCUCUCAGAACCUCAAUUUAAAGCUAUCGAUAGAAGACUGAAAAUAGCCAUGGACACGGUCAAAAAGUGCAUCAGGCAAAAUGGGGAAAGUGCAGUUUUGGUCGCUGAUCAAGUGGCAUAG